AUGUCCGAUUCCUCGUUCUUGGACAGACCACUGCUCAAAGUCAGUCGGCCAGUCGCCGCAUGCUCAAGAUGUCGAACCGCCAAGAUCAGAUGCGACGGAAAGCUCCCCGCUUGUUCGGCGUGUGAGAGAGCAGGGAAAGCAGAUACCUGCUCGAGCAGCGACGAAUUCCCACGGGGGAAAGAACGAAGCUAUGUUGGUUCUCUGGAAGCCUACUGUGAACGCCUCGAGAAAAAGGCCGCCGAGCUUCGCCAGCGGAAACGGAUGCUCACCGGUAGUGAAGGAGGUGUCGUCCAUGAAAGCUCCAUAACGUCAGCUUCAUCAGCUCCUGCGACUCACGCACAUCGCCAAGAGGUGUCAAACAUAGAUGAUCUUGUUGGCGACUUUGGUUAUCUAUCUGUCAGUGCAACCUCGCGAGACUUUCAGGGGAUUACAUCCAACACCUCCUUUGCCAAUCUGCUUCUGUCAGUUUCACUCGGCGAACAGAUUCCAAGAUCGUCCCCACGGCCGCUACCGCCUCGAUCCGAGAUCACUCCGCUUAUACAACACUAUUUCGAUACUUUCUUCGUCUUGCUGCCCUUCUUCCACGAAACAAGCUUCUGGGCCUCGGUCGAUAGUGUUUACCAGAAUGGCGCUCACUUUGCGAAGCCGUUCGACAACUGGACCGUACGGAUGGUGUUGGCCAUUGCCUACGGUUCCAUGUCCAAUUCACAAAUGGACGUCAAUCAUCGCAAGGCUCUUUCUCUUAUCCAAGAAGCACUCCAGUAUGCCGAAGAUGUCCUUCGUCCUGGAGCCCUAGUUGGUAUUCAGGGAAUCCUCUUUCUAGCUCAGUAUUCUCUCGUCGACCCGGUUCAUUUUCGGACCUGGUAUCUCGUAGGCAUGGCAGCCAGGGUACUUGUUGAUUUGGGGCUUCACCAGGACCAUCAUGCAGAAGCUGUACCUUCUCCAGAACAGCAAGAUCUUCGACGCCGCGUUUUCCAUUGUGUUUACUCUCUGGACAGGGCUACGAGUACAUCUCUGGAUCGAACUCUUUCGUUCUCCGACGACUCCGUCAGCGUCGCUUUCCCGUCUCACUCCAGGGUCGACAAGAGCUAUAUCUUUUCUCGGAGCUCGGAGCCGGCCUGGAACAUGGUCAAAAUCAGACGUAUACUGUCAGCGGCUUAUCAACAAAAAUACUUUGCCCCUAUCGAAUCUUUCUCUCAAACCCCGGCGUCUACGUGGAAACUAUACUUACACGCAACUGAAUGGUUCAAUAAUGCACCCAAGGAUGCAUCGCAAGUCCUUGCUAUCAAGUACAAUUUGGAAUACCUCUACACCACAAUCCUCAUUUUAUCACCAUCGACCCGCCAUCUGCCACACUGCGAUUAUACCAAGUUACUUCUAUUCAAUCGCUGCAUAGAGUACGUCCAUCACCUUCACCAGAUACUGGAGAGCCAAAUCCGGCAUGUGAUGGUUUCUCUCGAGAUUCAACGCGUCUACCAAGUCGGUCAACGCUUAAUCAACAUUGUCAACCAAAGCCCUGACCUUCUUGUGAGCCUCGUCCCACCUGCACCCCAGGUUCCUGACGACUGCCCUAAGCCGCCAUCUUUGGAGCUAGAAGACUGUCUGCAAUGCCAUGAGCGUGUCCUUGAAUGUCUGAACCAAGCGGGCAAUCUUCUCCAAUACGGGGCUCGACGGUGGAAUCACCAUAGUCUGGCGCAGGAGUUUCAGAAGCUGUCAUCGCCUGUCCGCAGGAAAUUGUUGCCUCCGGCUGUCACCUACGCUCCGGGUCUGGCAAGUUAUAUGCCUGAAGGGCCUGCGAUCUAUCCGCCGGCAGGAUUUCAGUAUGCUGGCUUCAAUCUCGAGCACUCAAGUCCCGACAACUAUAAUUAUAAUAUUAAUGGCUGA